AUGCCAUUCACUAACAUGUCUCCCACCAUCCCUCCUCUUCUUCUCCUCUUCUUCACUGUAAUCUUCACUCUUUCCAUUUCUGCAAAGUCUUGGCCUUUAUCGGAAGACAACAAGCUCCAAGAACAAGACAAAGACCCAUUCGUCGGAUUCAACAUCGGAACCGACCUCACCUCACUCCUCACACCUUCCUCACUCGUCAAGUUCCUCCAAACCCAGAAAAUAACCCACAUCCGUCUCUACGACGCUGAUCCAGAGCUUCUCAAAGCCCUCUCCAAAACCAAGAUACGUGUCAUCAUCAGCGUCCCAAACAACCAGCUCCUCGCUAUCGGAUCCUCAAACACCACCGCCGCUUCCUGGAUCGGCCGUAACGUUGUCGCUUACUACCCCGAGACGUUAAUCACUGCCAUCUCUGUUGGUGAUGAGGUUUUAACAACUGUCCCUUCUUCAGCUCCUCUUCUCUUACCAGCGAUUCAGUCUCUUUACAAUGCUCUCGUCGCUUCGAAUCUCCACACUCAGAUUAAAGUCUCUACUCCUCACGCAGCUUCUAUAAUGCUUGACACGUUCCCUCCUUCUCAAGCUUACUUUAACCAGACUUGGCGUUCGGUUAUGGAGCCGUUACUUCAGUUCUUGUCAAAAACAGGCUCUCCUCUGAUGAUGAAUCUUUAUCCUUACUAUGUUUAUAUGCAGAACAAAGGCGUUGUUCCGUUAGAUAACUGUUUGUUCGAGCCGUUGACACCUGCUAAAGAGAUGGUUGAUCCCAACACUUUGUUGCAUUACACUAACGUUCUUGACGCUAUGGUCGACGCUGCUUAUGUUUCGAUGAAGAAUUUGAAUGUGACAGAUGUUGUUGUGCUUGUGACCGAGACUGGUUGGCCUUCUCAAGGUGAUUCUAAAGAGCCUUACGCGACUAUAGAUAACGCUGAUACGUAUAACUCGAAUUUGAUCAAGCAUGUGUUUGAUAGAACUGGUACUCCUUUGCACCCUGAGAUGACACCGAGUGUUUACAUCUAUGAGCUGUUUAAUGAGGAUAAGAGGGCGCCUCCGGUUAGUGAAGCGAGCUGGGGGUUGUUUUAUGGGAACACUACUCCGGUUUAUUUGCUUCAUGUGUCUGGAAGUGGGAGUUUCUUAGCGAAUGAUACGACUAAUAAGACGUAUUGUGUUGCUAUGGAUGGGGUUGAUGUGAAGACGCUUCAGGCUGCGUUGGAUUGGGCUUGUGGACCUGGGAGAGCGAAUUGUAGUGAGAUUCAACCUGGGGAGAGUUGUUAUCAACCGAAUAAUGUGAAGGGACAUGCCUCUUUUGCUUUUAAUAGUUAUUACCAGAAGGAAGGUAGAGCUUCUGGUUCUUGUGACUUCAAAGGUGUUGCAAUGAUCACUACUACAGACCCAAGUCAUGGAAGCUGCAUUUUCCCAGGAAGCAAGAAGGUUGGAAACAAGACACAGACUGUGGUGAAUUCCACUGAAGUUGCAGCUGGUGAAACCUCCUCAAGGAGUCUCUCAAGAGGCUUCUGCGUCAGUAUUAUUAUUCUUGUAACUUAUGUUUUGUUACCCUUCUGGUGA